UUUCAGCGAGCGGGCUCGCGCGGGUGCCGAUUGUCCGUUGGUGAGGCGCCAUUGCACGUUCCCGUCGGACGGCGUGUGGGGGGAGGGGAGAGAGUUCGUUAGAGAGAGGAAACAAAACAAAACCAAACCGAGCGAGCGAUCGAUCGGUCACGAUUACCGCUCUCGGUAUUGACCGAGGUUGUUAUUUUGUGAAAGAGUCGGCAGCCGGCCCCACGGCACUCCCCCCAACCUCGAGGAGCAGGGAGGGGGUGACAGACGGGAAUUACUGACCGGCACCGGGAGCGGGAGAUGUCGGAGGACGGGCGGCACUACAGCGCCCCCCAGCAAUCAGGAAUCGUGCAUAAUGGAUUCCGGGGGGAUGGAAGAAAGCCAGGAAGACGGAAAUGGAGACUGAGAAAAAGAGGCACGUAUAGAGAACAUGACGACAGAGUUGGGGGUGGUUUUCCAUUUCGGAAAAAGAAAGGACGCGGUCCAUUCCGGGGUAAGAUGUACAGCGAGGGAAGUCACAAACCUAGGAAUCGAGGCAGUGGAGGACCCAACCCACGGUCGCGGUUCGAGGAUGAUGAUGGCGAUGUGACUAUGAAUGAUCAUGAGUUGCCACGGUCACGAUUUACACCGUAUGGUGCAAGACCAUCUCGUCGCCCGGACAGCUGGCAUGAUCGUGAUGGAGGGCCCUCAAGCAUUCAAGUUACAGUGAAGCAAAAUUCAGAGAGAAAUGCAAGCGCCAAUGCACGCCGAUCCUGGUUUAAAGUCACUAUUCCUUUUGGAAAGAAAUAUGAUAAAUCCUGGCUUUUGUCAAACAUGCAUAAUAUGUGCAGUGUUCCCUUUACUCCUGUUCAGUUUCACUAUGAUGGCAAUAAAGCAGUAUUCUAUGUUGAAGAUUCUACAGCUGCAAAUGCUUUAAAGCAGAUAUCGAGAAGAAUUGUUGAUAAGGAUUUGUACAGGGUGGCCAUCAUCAUUAGUUCUUCGGUGCCGCCAUCUUCCGUUUCAAAUGAGCUCAAAUCAGAGGAGAUUGAACACAUAAAGCAGUGUAUGAGUAAACGUUACGAUGGAUCACAGCAAGCCCUAGAUCUAAACAGCAUACGUAGUGACCCAGAUCUCGUCUCUCAGAAUAUUGAAGUGGUGUUAAACAGAAGGAGUUCCAUGAGCGCAGUCAUCAAAAUCAUCGAGGAGAACAUUCCAGAGUUGCUUUCACUCAACCUGGGCAAUAACAGGCUCUACCGACUGGAUGACCUGGCAGACCUGAUCACCAAAGCGCCCAGUUUGAAAAUUUUAAAUCUUUCCAGAAACGAGCUCAAAUCCGAAAGAGAUCUGGACAAAAUAAAAGGCUUCAAGCUGGAAGAGCUGUGGUUGGAUGGGAACCCUCUGUGUGACAGCUUCCGGGAUCAGGCUACAUAUGUCAGUGCUGUCAGGGAAAAAUUUCCAAAGUUACUCAGACUGGACGGUCAUGAACUCCCACCUCCCAUUUCCUUUGACGUUGAGACUCCAACUACACUUCCUUCGUGCAAGGCUAGUUACUUUGGUACAGAUGAAAUCAAAGUGCUUGUAUCACGAUUCAUACAGCAGUACUAUUCGGUUUAUGAUUCAACAGACAGGCAAGGGCUGCUGGAUGCCUACCACGAUACAGCUUGCUGCUCGCUCAGUAUUCCCUUUUCAUCACAGAACCCUGCCAGGAGCAGUCUGGGAGAGUAUUUCAAGGAGAGCAGAAACGUGAGGAGACUGAAGGACCCAACACUUCGGGCAAAGCUGCUGAAACACACCAGACUGAAUGUUGUCGCCUUUCUCAACGAACUCCCAAAGACACAGCAUGACAUAGCCUCCUUUGUGGUGGAUGUGAGCACUCAAACAAAUACAUUACUAUGUUUUACUGUACAUGGAGUUUUCAAAGAAGUGGAUAGUAAAUCCAGGGAGUCUGUGAGGGCGUUCUCGAGAGUGUUCAUUGCUGUACCUGCUGGGAAUGCAGGGCUCUGCAUUGUGAAUGACCAGCUGUUCAUCAGGAAUGCCACCACUGAGGAGAUCCGCAAGGCCUUUGUGACGCCAGCACCCACACCGUCAAGCAGUCCGGUGCCCACCCUCACAGCACCCCAGCAGGAAAUGCUGCAGGCCUUCUCCCAGCAGUCGGGCAUGAACAUAGAGUGGUCGCAAAAAUGUCUGCAAGACAACGAGUGGGACUUCAAUCAAGCUGCCCAAAUCUUCACACAGCUUAAGGCUGAAGGAAAAAUUCCUGAAAUCGCGUUUGUGAAGCAGUUAUGAAGAAAGCAUGAGUUACACUACCCCUUCAGACCUGAGGCUUUUAAAGCCGUCAGAACCAGGUCUCUGGAUGAUUUUUUUUUUAAAAGAAGAGCUAAAUGUUGGUAUAAAUGAUAUAUGUUAAGUAUAAUGUGAAUUUUUCUUGUCAAUAAGACUCAUGAUUUUUAAAAAACUAAUGCACUGCAGUUAGUGUUUCUAAGUCAGAUUGUGUAAGUAUUUUCCCGAGUCCUUGUAGCUUUGACUUACAUGUAUUGUCUGUGCCAGUGUUUUUCCAACAGAUUUUGGGGGGGGGGGGUAGAAAUGGGGAUAGUUUUGUUGAGCUUCACAACAAAUUUGGAGGUAGAAGUCUUCCUUACCUCCUGGGUGAUAAUCGGGCUUUCUAAGGGUUGGGGGUUGUACAAGACUCUGGGCUUGUCGGCUCCAGUAGUAUGAGGUGAGUGGAGGUGAUCAGGUGAACCUGUUGCCUGUUCUCAACUUGCCAUCACACUACAGCGACCUUUCACCCCACUCCCAAGGCUCCUUUUGUCAUUUUUUUUUAAAAGAGGGUAGGCGUUGUUAAACCAGAUCACUUGGAGUGCUAUGGAAUCUCCGGUGAGUUUACACAUUAGUGUGGGAGGCGGGUGGCACUUCACCACCACCACCACCACCUUAGACUGCCUGGACUCCCCUAAAUUCGUUCGGCAGUCGCCUUUGAGACAUCCAGCGACUCAAAGCAGCAAACCGACCACUUGGUUCCCUACAAAGCAAAUGUUGUGUUUGCUUAACUUUUCUGAGCUUUAAAUCCUGGCUGCUUAUCUUCAGUUGUUCCACUCUGGCAAACUGGGCUCUUAUCCCAGAAUCCAGGGACCGCCCCCCCAUCCGAACAGGAGCUCAUCACCCCCAUUGAUCAGAUUAUCACAGCUUUCAACUCCGUUUCCCGUGCCCAUUUUGGACGUCUUUUUUAAAAAAAAAUUCUCCCUUUAUUCACAUCGUGAAAGCUUUUAAAUGCAGUCUUGUCUUGACUAGUAGCCAUCCCCAUUCUAGUUCCAGCCUGGAGCUGGCUCAUGUCUUCAGCGUUUAGCAUUCAGCCACAAUCCAGGGGGAAGGGGCUGGCAUUGUGACCCCAGGCUGAAGAAGUCACCCCACCAGUAAAAGGGAAUGUCAAAAUGGUGAAAUCUGGGUGCAUGCUUUUUUUUAAAAAAAACAGGUCUGUGUUUUGCAUCUCUACCAUUAGGCCCCAACCACUUGGACCACCUCCCUUGCAUUUCAAGCAGCCCCUCCCCGUUUCAUUGAUGUGAAGCCACUCUGAGGUGAUAACCUAGCUGUGCACCUUUACGUAAUGCUGUCUCUCCUUCAUGCACUUUCAUGUCCAAGUUGCUCCCCAGUUAGUGAAACAGGUUUUCAGGCCUAAUAUUAGGCCAGGUUGAUAGUUGAGAGGUUUAGUAUCCAUCUGUUUGUGUGGGUCUGUACAUCCAGCUUCUCAACUUGGCUCAGGUACCACAACUCGGCUCAGGUACCACAACUCUCUGUAGAGCCCCUUGAUCGCCUGUCUCGUGUUGAAUUCCUGCUCUUCCGAGAGCAGAGCCUGGGCGCUUCCUGCUCUGAAAAGGAGAGAAAGAGUUGGUAGCUUGCAGAUAAUCUCGGAGUUAGGGGCAAGUUAUACAGGGGCAGGAGUAUUUUCAGGUGGGCGGAGGGGUAGCUGUUCAG